CUCCCCCAGCUUCUCCUCUUCUCGUCUCGUCUUCUCCACUGCUAACGCUACUGCAAUCCCACACGCCAAAUUCGACCCUUCUAGUUCUCGUCCCUUCCUUCCUUGCUCCUCUCUCUCUCUCCAUCUCUAGGCGCACAUGGCGAAGAGCGUGCUCGUGACGGGCGGCGCCGGCUACAUCGGCAGCCACACGGUGCUCCAGCUCCUCCUCGGCGGCCACCGCGUCGUCGUCGUCGACAACCUCGACAACUCCUCCCCCGCCGCCCUCGACCGGGUCCGCGACCUCGCCGGCGAGCGCGGCCCCAACCUCUCCUUCCACGAGGUUGACCUCCGAGACAAACCGGCGCUGGAGAAAUUGUUCUCCUCGACCAAAUUUGAUGCUGUCAUACACUUUGCUGGAUUGAAAGCAGUAGGUGAAAGUGUGCAGAAGCCGCUGCUUUAUUUCAACAAUAACCUCAAUGGGACCAUCAUCUUGCUGGAAGUCAUGGCUGCUCAUGGAUGUAAGAAGCUUGUGUUUUCCUCAUCUGCUACUGUUUACGGUUGGCCAAAGGAGGUCCCAUGUACAGAGGACUUCCCUGUUUCUGCCACGAAUCCAUAUGGACGAACCAAGCUUUUCAUUGAAGAAAUAUGCCGUGAUGUUUACCGGGCAGAUUCUGAAUGGAAGAUAAUGUUGUUGAGAUACUUCAAUCCAGUUGGUGCACAUCCUAGUGGCUCCAUUGGUGAGGAUCCCAGGGGGAUCCCAAACAAUCUAAUGCCAUUUGUGCAGCAAGUUGCUGUCGGAAGACGACCUGCUUUGACAGUUUAUGGAACAGACUAUUCAACGAAGGAUGGUACUGGGGUUCGUGAUUACAUCCAUGUUGUUGAUCUAGCCGAUGGACACAUUGCUGCAUUGCAAAAGCUUGAAGAACCCGGCAUAGGGUGUGAGGUGUAUAAUCUGGGAACAGGGAAGGGAACUUCAGUCUUGGAGAUGGUUGCUGCAUUUGAGAAGGCAUCUGGAAAGAAAAUUCCACUCAUUAAGGCUGGGCGCCGACCAGGUGAUGCUGAAAUUGUAUAUGCAUCAACAGAAAAGGCUGAACACGAAUUGAACUGGAAGGCCAAAUAUGGCAUUGAGGAGAUGUGCCGAGAUCAAUGGAACUGGGCCAGCAAGAACCCUUAUGGCUAUGGAUCCCCCGACUCGACUGACUGAUAGCUGAGGAUUUUGGCAUUCUCGUAUUAGGUAUUGCUGAAUUUAGUCUUCAGUGUACAAAAAGGUCACCAAUUAUCGAGUCUUAGAACGGGCACAAAAUUAGGCUAGAGAAAAAAAGAAAAGAAAACAAAUAAGGUGAAAAUGCUCGGAAUAAGCCCUUGAGAUAGUCAAUUGCUCUAGCUUGAAGCUUCUCCUUAACCUGUUAUAUCCUGUUGGUGACUUGAUGUAUAAUUCCUGAUACGGCAUGCAAUAAGAAUCUCCUAGCGAUUACGCUACGAAGGAAAAUUUCCUCUG